CGUCUGCUUGUUUCCGGAAAUAAUGAUUUGGAGACAGCAUGCAGCACAGUGCACGAUACGGUGCAUGUAAAUAUAGCGCUGCCGCGGAUAUCGGCGGUGUUAUUGUGCCGUGGCCGCUAGCCUGGCCGGGCUGUGUAAUCACGAUGAGGCAACCAAAAUGUGGACAAAGGAACUAAAAUUUACGAAAACGUCGAUGUUUAAAAAUAAAUACCGGUAAUUUACGAGGGCAAGAAACAACAGAUUGCAGUGAUUGUACUACAAAUGACUGAACAAGCGCAAUAAUGUCUACAACUCUCGUCCAAGGGAACAAUCUCACCCUACUCCAAGGGUCCAGGAGCUCUGGUGUCAAUGUCAUCACCCCGGUCAUGGCUGUGUCUGUUUGCCGUCCUCCGGUCAGCAAUGGCUUGCCAUCCCGUCAGGGAAGUGCGGUUGGUUCCUCUCGGCUCUCGGCAAAAAGCCUUCCAAGUAACACCCAUUUGAAGCUACACAGCCAGGGGAGUGUACCUGCAACGAGCAGUAUGUCAUCAUCGCUUCUCGAGCCUUAUCCUCCAGUGGAAGUCACCACCUGGGCACAGAAUAGUGGGGAGAAUGUGACCCUACCUAGGAUAACCAGUCCAGUGCAUCUUUGCAGUACUGCCAACUCCCAAUCAAGUGUUGGAACCACCAUCGAUGCCACAACCAGGAAGGAUAGAGUUGGUGAGGUGGAUGCCUACCUCGAGAAACCACACCCACCUAGCAUCUUCCCGAACUUUCGAGCCCUGCAGCGUCUCGCUGCCAGCGCAAAGCUGAGGAUUAAUAACCUUAAAUCGAAAGAGGCUAAAGCUAUCACUGCUUUACUGAAUCAAGAAAACAGUAAUGUGCCCCAUUCUUGCCAGGAUGAUGUCAUCCAAGUGAACAAUGUUUUGAAUUCUUCUUGGGAGUCUGAAGAUGAUGGUGAUGCCAAUGCUCCUCACAAUGACAUCACAGAAUCUGUUGUUCAUCGUGAAAAAGGUACUUCCAAAUCUAAGACCAAGAAACUCUACCGAAGCAGAUCAAGGAGGCGAGGGGGCAAAUCUCCUUCAAAGAAGAAACCCUCACCCGCUCCAAAGAAAGACCACAACUCCUUGGGAGACUUCGCUCUAGCUUCAACCAUGACACUGAACAGUCGCUGGGAAAGAAAAAAGGUAGAAACAUUCAGUACCAAGUACAGUAAGAGUUUCACAUCCCGGAAAAGUAAAGCGAAAGACUCGUCGAAGAGGAGUUCUGCUGAAGUGUCCUUGACUACGGUUGCUUUGGAGAAGAGAAGCGACGCAACGACACCCCGUGCAAUCACCAAACAGAGCAAAUCUGAGGCUUCCAAUGUGCCGACAUCAAGAUCGGUGUUAGAACAUGCUGCAUCGGUUUAUGGAAGUGGAAACCAGAUUCAUGUUAGGUUGAGUAACAAGGGCAGGUCGAGUGAGUCGGAACAUUCAGUGAAGAAGGUGUUUUUGUCAGAGAAGCAGUCUAGUAUGCUGAAAGAUGGUGGGAAAGGCAUUCCAUGUGCCCCUCCAACUUCUCCCACCCCUCAUCAGCUUGAGAAGUUUGAAUACAUACCAUCAUUAACUGAUUUGAGGAGCCAAAGGGCAUUGAAAGACAGGUUAAUAGUGAUCGAUGCUGAAGAGAAGAAAAAAAGCCAGAAAAUCCGGGAGGACAAAGUGCGUCAGGAAAAGCAGUCGGCCCGCAACAACAUUGGUAUGAUGAGACAGAGACAGAGGCAGGAGAUCUACGCUCUCAACAAGGUCAUGACGGAACUCGAGAAUAGUCAAUUCCUCAAGUUCUGUGAAACCAUGAAGAAAGACAAGACCUGAAAGCUUUGAUCCACCAGGGCCUCAUCUUGCAUAAAAAUUUAUGAUUAAUGGUAACUCUGCUAAUCAGUCAGAACUGCCAUGGAAAUCUUGGUUUUGAUUGGCUACUAAUCCCUGGGGACUUUUUCAUGAAGCUGUUUCUAAAGUUACGCAUGAUUUUAAAUAAGACUGGAAUAUGAAGUGCUAAAUACGAGCCAUAUAAGUUUUUCUUUUAUUUUUUCCAAAUAUUACAUUUUCCCCAUAUCAUCUUAUCUCAUAUUAUCCUAUAUUACUUUGCACUUAAAUUUACAUUAAUAGGAUAAAUGUUAGUAUAAUAUUCUUUGAAUGAUAACAUUAAUAAUGACUAAGAAACCAAUGGAGUUUGUUAUAUUCUCGUCACUCAUUUGACCCUUUGCAUGCAAAUUAUGCAAAAAUUGCACAUUUGUACAAUUUAUUUUAACAAUGGUAUUAAUUAGUUUCUCCUUCAUGUUGGCAGCUAUGGAAGCGAAUAAUAGCUAUAUUUUUUUAGUAACAUCUAAAAUAAAAAUCCAUUAGUAUAACUGGUGCAAUGAGGGAAGCAAAGUUCAAUAUAAGAAAAUAUGAAAUGGUCAUUAUUACAAUCCCUUCAGAA